AUGAAUACGAUUGUGGUGAUAAAUGGCAAAACAGCAAUGCAACAAGAAAUCUUUCCAAUGACAAUGGAUGAACCGAUUAUAUCAGUCCAAAAACUUAAAACUACUGCCUCAUCUCCUGUCUCCUCAGCACUGUCUAAAAUUGUGGCUCGACGACGAACAAGUAUGGUGCGCGAAAAAUGGGCCAGCAAAAUUGAAUUUUUCCUUGCACUCAUCGGUUAUGCGGUUGAUUUAGGAAAUGUUUGGCGAUUUCCUUCAGUAUGUUAUCGGCACGGCGGAGGUGCUUUUCUCAUACCAUAUCUUGUAAUGUUACUCAUUGGAGGCCUCCCAAUGUUUUACAUGGAACUGGCAUUGGGACAGUUUCAUAAAUCGGGCUGUAUCAGUAUAUGGCGGAAAAUUUGCCCAAUGUUCAAAGGCAUUGGCUACGGAAUUUGUUUCAUAUGCUCGUUCAUAGCAUGUUUUUAUAAUACAGUAAUAGCUCAUGCUGUGUAUUUCGCUUUUAGUUCUCUACAGGCGGAAGUACCGUGGAAAACAUGUAACAAUCCAUGGAAUACAAAACUAUGUGCGAACAGCCUUAAUGAAACUUUAAAUAGAGAAGGAGAAAAACUUAAAACGCCGUCGGAAGAAUAUUUUUUAUACAAAGUACUUGAGAUACAACGUUCAUCAGGUUUUGACGGAAUUGGUGGAAUAAAAUUGUCGUUAGCGCUUUGUUUAGCUGUUGUUUUCGUUCUUGUAUAUUUUGCGUUGUGGAAAGGUCCCAAAAGUACUGGAAAGGUCGUUUGGGUAACUGCAACUGCACCUUAUAUAAUUCUUACUGUGCUCUUAAUUCGAGGUGUUACAUUACCUGGCGCAUCUACUGGUAUAUACUAUUAUAUAACACCUGAUUUUAAAAAGCUUCUGGAUCCAAGUGUAUGGACAGCCGCAGCCACCCAAAUAUUUUUUUCUCUUGGACCGGGUUUCGGUGUUUUGCUCGCACUCAGUAGUUACAAUGAUUUUAACAACAACUGCUAUCGAGAUGCUUUAGCAACUUCUGUGAUCAAUUGCGGCACAUCAUUUUUUGCUGGAUUCGUAAUUUUUUCGACUCUUGGUUAUAUGUCAGAGAUAACAAAACGUCCAAUACAUGAAGUAGUCGGUGAUCAAGAAGCCAGUCUUAUAUUUAUUGUAUAUCCUCAGGCAAUUGCAACAAUGCCGUAUUCAAAUAUCUGGGCAUUUAUAUUUUUUGUGAUGCUUAUCACUCUAGGGAUUGAUAGUACAUUCAGUGGUAUCGAAGCCCUUAUAACGGGAUUCUGUGAUGAAUAUCCGAGAUUUUUGGCGAGAAAUAGAGAAAUAUUCGUUGGAGUUGUCAUCAUUACUUAUUAUUUCUGUAGUUUUCCAACUAUUACAUACGGUGGUUCAUAUGUGAUACCGUUUCUUGAUGAAUAUGGUGUUUCACUUUCCUUAUUGUUUAUCGUUGUAUGUGAAAUGAUUGCAGUCUGCUGGUUCUAUGGUGUACGACGAUUCAGUAUGGAUAUACGCCAAAUGCUUGGGUUUUACCCAGGAAUUUAUUGGCAGAUUUGCUGGAUAUGCUCUCCCAUAUUCAUAGCUACAAUUUUCAUCCUCACUGCAUGCAAUACAUCGAUGGAACCCCUUAAAAUACCCAAUUAUGUAUAUCCUCCAUGGUCGGUUACGGUUGGUUGGAUUUUGCGCCUCACUUCUAUUCUUAGCGUACCGAUUUUCGCUAUAUAUUUCAUGUUUUGGACCAAAGGAAAUUUUCUACAGCGAUGGAAACGGGCAACAACUCCAGUUGAAACUCAAGUUUGUCAAUCAACAAUGGCAUAUCAUGAAGGUGACCCACAAUCUUUAACUCAUAUGGAUGACGCAAUUUUAUUUCAUCUAUAG